GGCCCACUCCAGUUGGAAAACUAAGUGAGUCUUCCAGCGAAGCCAGGGUCUGGUUCUCCGUGACGAUGUCCUCUCAGCAGAGCGCCAAAGGCUCUCCCAAGGGCUCUUCGCAGGGCCCCACCCCUUGUCCCGCCCCGGCGCCCGACACCUCCUCCAGCAGCUCUGGCUGCUGCGGGAACGGCUGCUGCGGCUCCAGCGGCGACUCCGGCUGCUGCGGGGACUGUGGCUGCGGCGGCUCCAGCUCCGUCGGUUGCUGCUGCUUCCCCAGGAGGCGCCGGCGGCAGGGUAGACGCGGCUGCGGCUGCUGCGGAGGCAGCAACCAGAGCUCCGGCUACUACGGCUCCUCCGGCUGCUGCGGGUGCUGAGGCCACUCCCGUACCCUCGCGAGAGCUGCUCCCACCCCGCGCCCGUGCCCCUCCGUACCGCGCUCCCCUGCGAGGCGGCGCCUCAGAGUUUGCCUCCCCGCAAAGCUAAUUGCUCUUGGAUGUUCGGAUACCCACUCUGUAUUCAGCCUCACAAAGCUUCCUGGCCCACGUGUGCUUUUUCUCCUUGGGAACCUGAAAGCCGUGGGUGGACUUUACUGUCUGCAAGGGCUUGCAAACAGUUGGCACUCAAUAAAUGCUUACUGAUUUGAUUGUUGUUUGAAGACAUGUCAUAAUAAAGCUUCUACCUCCUGAGA